AUGGAGGGCCGGGUGCUUUUCAUCGGGGGCAUACCCAGGGACAGCCCCGCAGAGGGCGCCGCCGCCGCGAUCCGCCGCCUGUGCCCCCAGGCCACCCACGUAGCCCUGAAGGACCCCCACCGCGGCUGGGCGCUCGCGGCUUUCAGGGGCACGGCCGCCGCGGGCGAGGCCGCCGCGGCGCUCGGCGCGGCGGCGGCGGCGGGGUUGCCCGAGCUCGGGGCGGCGCUGACG